AACGUGGAUAGCAGUAUGCAGCUCCUCUUGGUUCAUGUCAAGGAGUUGGAGAAUCGUAAUUCCGCUGACAUCUAUACCGAUGACUUCAACUCCACCCAAACUUUGAACUUCAGACGCUUCUCGCCUCCGAUCAGUAUGAAUAUUUAA